AUGAAAAGAAAGAGCUUAAAGGCUAUUACGAAAGAGUCAAAAGCUGUCCAUGUUCCUUCAAGUAUAAAACCACAAAGUGCCAGACAACUGAUACGCAGGUUUCAUUUGUUGUUGAAGAAUAAAAAUUUAGUCCUGCAGAAACUUCAAUCAUCAGAAGCUGAUUAUCUCACCAAACUUAAACAGAUAGGGACCUACCAAGUCUACUCUGACAGUAAAAAUAAAGUGAUUGAAAACAUAAAAAUUAACUCCCUAGCGACUGAAAACUCUGUCAAUGUUGAGAGCGUGCAGCCCUUCUUUUUGUCAGGCUUACUCGGUCGGAUCGAUGGUGAAAUAGUCAAGAGAGGAGGUUUAGAUGCUUAUCAAGUAGCUUCCACGCAAGGUCAAAAUGGAAAACGAGGCGGUGAUUCUUCUAAAUAUUUGAUGAGAUGGUUAUCAGAGUUAGAACUGUUUUCCAAAGUCAAAAUCAAACCCAAUGCCUUGGAAAUUGGGUGUCUUUCUUCUCAGAACCUCAUUUCUACAAGUAAGGUGUUUGAAGAAGUUGUGCGAAUAGAUUUACAAUCACAGGAGCCAAAGAUCUUGAAACAAGAUUUCAUGCAACGGCCAUUGCCAAAGAAUGACAAUGAAAAGUUUAAUCUCAUUUCAUGUUCAUUGGUGCUAAAUUUUGUCCCCACAGCGUCUGAUAGGGGCCAAAUGUUGAAAAGAGUAACCACUUUCUUACAGGAGACAGAUUCUUAUCUUUUUCUAGUCCUACCACUUCCGUGCAUUACUAACUCCAGGUAUUGUACACAGGAGCAUAUUGCAAAGAUAAUGUCCAGCUUGGGAUUUCAGGAGUUAAAGUUUCACCAGGCACAGAAAAUUGCCUAUUGGCUUUACAAAUGGAAUGGUUCAAAAUCUUCAACAGGAGAAACUUUUCUGAAAAAGGAGUUGGUAUCAGGAAAAGGGAUGAACAAUUUUUGCAUCGUCGUGGACUGA